GUGAAGUGGAAGUGGAGUCAGUGUUGUGUGCUAAAACUCCUCCAGGAAACUGCGUGGAGCGCUUGCGAAAGCUAGGAAACCGCGGCAUGGAUGCAGUGACCUAUGAUGAUGUGCAUAUUGAUUUUACUUGGGAAGAGUGGACUUUGCUGAAUUCUUCCCAGAAGAAUCUCUACAAAGAUGUUAUGCUGGAGACCUACAGGAACCUCACUAUUAUAGGAUACACUUGGGAAGACCGUAAUAUUGAAAAUCAUUCUCAAUGGUCUAGAAGAUAUGAAAGGCAUGAAGGAAGUCAAACUGGAGGGAAAACUGCCAUAUACCUUCAAAGUAUUAAAGCCAUUGCAUGUGACAGUGAUCUUCAAAGGCAUAAAAGAACUAAUCCUAGUGAGAAACCAUAUGAGUGUAAGCAAUAUGUGAAGCCCAAAAGACAUCCAAAUCAUAAAAGAACAUAUACUGGAGAGAAACCCUUUGAAUGUAAUCACUGUGAUAAAGCCUUUGCAUAUCAUAGUCAUCUUCAAAGACAUAAAAGAAUACAUACUGGAGAGAAACCCUUUGAAUGUACUCAGUGUGGUAAAGCCUUUGCAUGUCACAGUCAUCUUCAAAUGCAUAAAAGAACACAUACCGGAGAGAAACCUUAUGAAUGUACUCAGUGUGGUAAAGCCUUUGCAUAUCGCAGUGGUUUUCAGAGACAUAAAAGAAUACAUACUGGAGAGAAACCCUAUGAAUGUAAUCAGUGUGAUAAAGCCUUUGUAUGUCACAGUGGUCUUCAAAUGCAUAAAAGAACACAUACUGGAGAGAAACCUUAUGAAUGUACUCAGUGUGGUAAAGCCUUUGCAUAUCACAGUGAUCUUCAAAGGCAUAAAAGAACACAUUCUGGUGAGAAACCCUUUGAAUGUAAUCACUGUAGUAAAGUCUUUGCACGUCACAGUUAUCUUGAAAUACAUGAAAGAACACAUACUGGAGAGAAACCCUAUGAAUGUAAUCAGUGUGGGAAAGCCUUUGCAAGUCAAAGUUGUCUUUACAUUCAUAAAAGAACACAUACUGGAGAGAAACCAUAUAAAUGUAAUCAGUGUGAUAAAGCCUUUACAUAUCCCAGUCUUCUUCAAAGGCAUAAAAGAACACAUUCUCGAAAGAAACCAUAUGAAUGUAAUCAGUGUGGUAAAGGUUUUUCAUGUAUCAGUACACUUCAAACCCAUGUAAGAACACAUACUGGAGAGAAACCCUAUGAAUGUAAUCAGUGUGGUAAAGCCUUUUCAAGUCAGGGUUAUUUUCACAUUCAUAAAAGAGCACAUACUGUAGAAAAACCCUAUGAAUGUACUCAGUGUGGUAAAUCCUUUGUAUGUCACAAAAAUCUCCAAAUACACGAAAGAACCCACACUGGAGAGAAACCCUAUGUAUGUAAUCAGUGUGGUAAAGCUUUUGCAUGUAAUAGUCAUCUUCGAUUGCAUAAACAAACACAUACAGGAGAGAAACCCUAUGAAUGUGAUCAAUGUGGUAAAGCCUUUGCAUGUCAUGGUGAUCUUCAAAGGCAUAAAAGAACACAUAAAGGAGAGAAACCCUUUGAAUGUAAUCAGUGUGGUAAAGCCUUUACACGCCACAGUCAUCUUCAAAUACAUAAAAGGACACAUACAGGAGAGAAACCCUAUGAAUGUAAUCAGUGUGGUAAAGCAUUUGCACAUCACAGUGCUAUUAAGAGGCAUAAAAGAACCCAUACUGGAGAAAAACCCUUUGAAUGUAAUCAGUGUGGUAAAGCCUUUGUACGUCACAUCCAUCUUCAAAAACAUAAAAGAAUGCAUAAUGAAGAGAAAACCUAUGAAUGCAAUCAAUGUCCUAAAGCCUUUGGAUAUCACAGUGGUCUUCAGCACCAUAAAGGAACACAUACUGGAGAGAAACCCUAUGAAUGUAAUCAGUGUGGCAAAUCCUUUACAUGCCAAAGUAAUCUUGAAAUGCAUAAAAGAAUACAUACUGGAGAGAAACCCUAUAAAUGUGAUCAAUGUGAUAAAGUCUUUGGAUAUCGCAAUGUUCAUCAAAGGCAUAAAAUAACACAUACUGGAGAGAAACCCUAUGAAUGUAAUCAGAUCGGAAAGCCUUUGGAUGUCAUGGUCACCUGAUGCAUAAAAGAGCACAUACUUGAGAAAAACCUUAUGGACGUACUCAGUGUGGUAAAGUCUUUUAAUGUCACACCCAUCUCCUUAUACAUACGAGAACCCAGACUGGAGAGAAAUUCUGACUAAUCAGUGUGGUAAAGCUUUGCAUGUAGUGGUUAUUUUCAAAUGUAUGUAAUCAAUAAUAUAAAGCCUUUGUAUGUCACAGUCAUCUUGAAAUGCAUAAAAGAACACGUACCUUAAAGAAAUCCAUGAAUGUAAUCAGUGUGGUAGAUUCUUUGCAUAUCUCAAUGAUCUUUGAAGGCUUAAAAGAACAUAUGCUGGAGAUAAAUUCUAUGAAUGUAUUUAGUGUGUUACAGUAUUUAACGUCACAAUAGUUUCUGAAUACAUUAAACAAUCUGUAUUGGCGAGAAAACCUAUGAAUGUACUCAUUGUGAUCAAAUUUUUGCAUGUCAACAAAUCUAAAAAAGAACAAAUGAACACAUACUGCAGAAUAGAUACUCUGAGGAUUAUUAUGAAUUCAUAUACUGAGAACUUAUUAAUAUUCUAUUCAUACUCUGUCUUGAUGUAAUUUAUUAUCAGGUCACUGUACAAACUAGAGAACACAUACUCUGGAUUACUCUCUAUUCAUUUCACUCAGUGAGAAUUUAAUAGUCUAGUCAUACUCUGUUCUGAGACAUAAUUCUAUAUCAAAUCGCAGCAGAGACAUGAAUGCUCCCUCUCAACUGCUUGUGAAGGGCCAAAAUUAGAGCCUGUUUUUUAUCCUGACAGGUAUUCAGGAUAUCUAAAUGUUCUUUUCCUCCUUUUUUGUAAUAUGAGGUUUCCUACAAAGUGGUUGCCUUUGGAAUUCUUGGUCUAGAGUGGCUUUAGUUCCUAAACAACAUAAUGCUAAUGACUGAUGCCUCAAAGUGUUAAAAUAAUUGACUGUUCAAGUUGUCUUUUGAAUCAUGUUCAAGAAGUCUUUCUUUACAUUCUCGCUUUUGUUUUGGGGUAUAGUACUAUAUGGAAAAUUAAGCAUGGACAAUUUCAAUAGUCAGAGGGAUGCUCUCCCAAUAUUUUUAUGGUUGCUGUUUUAUUGUUUUGUCUUCAUAUUCUUUACUAAUAUAUCUACAUCCCCAUGCCCAUACCCUGUUAAGAGGUGUUUUUUGUUGAGGCCAGUUCCGGAUAUAUGGUGCCCAACAUGGGGCGGUCACCAGCAUAUGGUGCCAGAAUGUGGGGCUAACUAGUGAACCCCAAAAUGAACAGUACUGUAGCCAGGUAUACAAGGGAGUAUGUGAGGGAACCCACAAGAAUACUUUGUACUAGAUCC